CACCGACCAUGGCUUCGGUCCCUGCGGAGGCCGAGACCCGCCAGAGGCUGCUGCGCACCGUGAAGAAGGAGGUGAAGCAGAUCAUGGAGGAGGCCGUUACCCGGAAGUUUGUCCACGAAGACAGCAGCCACAUCAUCUCCUUCUGUGCGGCAGUGGAGGCCUGUGUGCUGCACGGGCUGAGGCGGAGGGCUGCUGGCUUCCUGCGAAGCAACAAGAUCGCCGCACUCUUCAUGAAGGUGGGCAGAGGGUUCCCUCCAGCUGAGGAGCUGAGCCGGAAGGUGCAGGAUCUGGAGCAACUCAUCGAGAGCGCGCGAAACCAGAUCCAGGGCCUGCAGGAGAAUGUGCGGAAGCUGCCGAAGCUGCCCAACCUGUCCCCGCUGGCCAUCAAGCACUUGUGGGUCCGCACCGCCCUGUUUGAGAGGGUCCUGGACAAAAUAGUCCACUAUCUGGUGGAAAACAGCAGUAAAUACUACGAGAAGGAAGCUCUCUUGAUGGACCCUGUGGACGGCCCCAUCCUUGCAUCUCUGUUAGUGGGGCCCUGCGCCCUGGAGUAUACCAAGAUGAAGACUGCAGACCACUUCUGGACCGAUCCCUCAGCCGACGAGCUGGUCCAGAGACACCGAAUCCACAGCUCACAUCUGCGACAGGACUCACCCACCAAGCGACCAGCACUCUGUAUCCAGAAGAGGCAUUCGAGCGGCAGCAUGGACGACCGUCCAUCUGUCUCUGCCCGAGAUUAUGUAGAGUCACUGCAUCAGAACUCGAGAGCCACCCUGCUCUACGGCAAGAACAAUGUCCUAGUUCAGCCAAGAGAUGACAUGGAGGCCGUGCCAGGGUACCUGUCUCUGCACCAGACGGCUGAUGUCAUGACCUUGAAGUGGACACCCAACCAGCUGAUGAACGGAUCUGUGGGGGACCUGGACUAUGAGAAGAGUGUCUACUGGGACUAUGCUGUGACCAUCCGCUUAGAGGAGAUUGUUUACCUGCACUGCCACCAGCAAGUGGACAGUGGUGGGACUGUGGUGCUGGUGAGCCAGGACGGGAUCCAGAGGCCACCCUUCCGCUUCCCCAAAGGCGGGCACCUGCUACAAUUCCUCUCAUGCCUGGAGAAUGGGCUUCUUCCACAUGGGCAGCUGGACCCACCGCUUUGGUCACAGCGAGGAAAGGGGAAGGUAUUUCCUAAGCUACGCAAGCGGAGCCCACAGGGAUCCUCAGAGUCCACAUCUUCAGAUAAAGAGGAUGACGAAGCCACAGAUUAUGUAUUCCGCAUCAUCUACCCUGGCAUGCAGUCCGAAUUUGUGCCCCAGGACCUGAUGGAUGUCUCUGUGAACAACCUUCCACCGCUGUGGCAACCCAGUCCUCGGAAGUCUUCCUGCUCUUCCUGUUCACAAAGCGGCUCGGCUGAUGGAAGCUCAACCAAUGGCUGCAACCAUGAGAGGGCUCCUCUGAAACUGCUCUGUGAUAACAUGAAGUACCAGAUCCUUUCCAGGGCCUUCUAUGGAUGGCUCGCCUACUGCAGACACCUGUCCACCGUGAGGACCCACCUGUCGGCCUUGGUCAAUCAUGUGAUUGUGUCUCCAGACCUGCCCUGUGGCGCUGGGCAAGGGUUGACAGCCAGCAUCUGGGAGCAGUACAUCCAGGAUAGCAGGACUUACCCAGAGCAGGAGCUGCUGCGGCUCAUCUACUACGGGGGUGUCCAACCUGAGAUCCGCAGGGCUGUUUGGCCCUUCCUCCUGGGCCACUACCAGUUCGGGAUGACGGAGAUGGAGAGGAAGGAGGUGGAUGAGCAGAUCCACGCCUGCUACGCACAAACCAUGUCCGAGUGGCUGGGCUGCGAGGCCAUCGUGAGACAGAGGGAGCGGGAAUCCCAUGCUGCUGCCCUGGCCAAGUGCUCUUCGGGGGCGAGCUUAGACAGCCACCUUCACCGGAUGCUGCACCGGGACUCUACCAUCAGCAACGAGUCCUCCCAGAGCUGCAGCUCAGGACGCCAGAAUCUCAGAUUGCAGAGCGACUCCAGCAGCAGCACACAGGUGUUUGAGUCUGUGGAUGAGGUGGAGCAGACAGAGGCAGAAGGCAGGCUGGAGGAGAAACAAUCCAAAAUCCCCAAUGGGAACCCUGCAAAUGGUACUUGCUCCCCAGACUCAGGACACCCCUCUUCCCACAACUUCUCCUCCGGCCUCUCGGAGCACUCGGAGCCCAGUCUUAGCACCGAGGACAGCGUCUUGGAUGCCCAGCGCAGCCUCCCCGCUGUGUUCCGACCUGGGGACAGCAGUGUGGAAGAUGGGCAGAGCAGCGAGGCCACCACUUCCCGUGACGAGGCCCCUCGGGAGGAGCUGGCAGUGCAAGACAGUCUCGAGAGUGACCUUCUCGCCAACGAGAGCAUGGAUGAGUUCAUGUCCAUCCCCGGCAGCCUGGAUGUGGUCCUGCCUGAGAAGGAUGGUGCCAUGAUGGAGGGCUGGCCCAGCGAGGCGGACAAGCGUGGCCGGGCUGACAGCGAGGACAACCUCUCAGAGGAGCCUGAGAUGGAGAGCCUCUUCCCCGCCCUGGCUUCCCUGGCCGUGACCUCUGCCAACAACGAGGCGUCACCUGUGUCUUCCAGCGGUGUCACCUACUCUCCAGAGCUACUGGACCUGUACACAGUGAACCUCCACCGCAUCGAAAAAGACGUGCAGAGGUGUGACCGCAGCUACUGGUACUUCACGGCUGCCAACCUGGAGAAGCUGCGGAAUGUCAUGUGCAGCUACAUCUGGCAGCACAUUGAGAUUGGCUACGUCCAGGGCAUGUGUGACCUUCUGGCCCCGCUGCUGGUCAUCCUGGAUGAUGAGGCCCUGGCCUUCAGCUGCUUCACGGAACUCAUGAAGAGGAUGAACCAGAACUUCCCCCACGGCGGUGCCAUGGACACGCACUUUGCCAACAUGAGGUCCCUGAUCCAGAUCCUGGACUCCGAGCUCUUCGAGUUGAUGCAUCAGAACGGGGACUACACCCACUUCUACUUCUGCUACCGCUGGUUCCUGCUGGAUUUCAAACGAGAGCUGGUCUAUGAUGACGUCUUCUCCGUGUGGGAGACUAUCUGGGCGGCCAAGCACGUGUCCUCCGCCCACUACGUGCUGUUCAUCGCGCUGGCACUGGUGGAGGUCUACCGAGAUAUCAUUCUGGAGAACAACAUGGACUUCACUGACAUCAUCAAGUUCUUCAAUGAAAUGGCUGAGCGGCACAAUGCCAAGCAGAUCCUGCAGCUGGCCCGGGACCUCGUCCACAAAGUGCAGAUUCUGAUCGAGAACAAGUGAGGGGCAGCCGCAACAGCCAGGCAUCCCUGCUGUCAUCCAUCCCCUCCCCUCCCGCAGCCCAGCACGAGGUCCGGGUGCCUGCGGACCAGCAUGGACUCUGUGCAGAGAGCCAUACUCUUGACCUUGGCCAUUGGGCAGUGGGGUAGAAAAGAGCCCAGCUGAGCCUUAUGUUUUCCUGUUUGACCAAAGAUUGCCUAAGACUGGGAUUUCCCUCUCUUGGGAGCUGGGGUUGUGAGUGGAGGUGGCCUCUGGGCCCUUUGUCCCUCUUCGUUUCCCUUGUUCCUUCCUCCUCUGUACGGGAGGGGCCUCUGGGUCUUCCUCUGCACCUGGCAAGAAGGGCCUCUGGAGGGGUUCCAGAAUAUUCCUGCCAGGCUGGCUUGGAGCAGGGUCUCCCUUGGGCAUUACUCACAUUCGAAGUCCUAGAUGUCUCUGGGCAUCACCCCUGCCUUUGAACCACUGGGUGUCACCAGUAAAACCUUCCAAGGUGACCCAAAUGUCCCUGCACAGCAGAUGUGUGCCCCACCAGAGAACCACUGGCUUGGAGGAGGGGCUACCAGCAUAUCCCUGUCUGCUCUCUUCAUGCCGAGUCACCUGGGGUCUGUUCCAUUGCCCUGCCAGAAGCACACAGCUUGCCACAGCCCUACUGGAGUGUUUUCUAGCUUUUUCUCUGCCCGCUG